AUGGCCCUUCCACCAGGCCAAGAUGUUCAGGCCAUGUUUGUUGUGGCUCUGAUUUAUGGCCUAUAUCUGUCGACUCUCUUCCACUGCCUGCGAUGGCUCAUCUUCACGGACGAAGGUUGGAAGGCCCGAUCACGCAUUAGCUGGACCCUGGUCACCAUUACAAUAGCGAUAUGGGUGCUCUCAACGAUCUCUAAAGUGCUCCAGCUCAUUGGUGCGGUCCAUGUAGCCGACCACGCAAGUAAACCUUCCACGACUACCUCACAGGAGUAUACAGGAUCGACAGCACUUCCAUGGAUGUCGGUGGCUAUUUGUACCGAUUCAAAUUUGACUACCCUCCUAGCAGACUCUGUUCUCAUAUAUCGCUGCUGGAUUGUUUACAACAAUUCCAAGCGGGUCAUCACAUUUCCAGUAUUCUUGUGGGUUGGUGGGUUGAUGCUCACUGGACUACAAGCGUAUUGGCAGAUAGUACAAAGUGCCUCGAUAGCUGGCACUUGGCAGCCGGUGAACAUGCAAGUUGGACCUGGUACUAUCUUGACUCCAUUUUGGGCGUCAACGAUUCUGUUAAAUAGUUAUGCAACAAUUAUGAUUGUGCGUAAGAUUUCAUCGGUCUCCAAAAAAUCUGAAGCUGGUGGCACAUCGGUUAGCGCCCUAAGAUUCACCAUGCGCGUACUGGUCGAAUCAGGUGCCUUAUACCUCACUACAGCCAUCGCGCACUUUGUUGUAUGGUGGACUCCGAACGCGUUUGCCAUUUCCAUCAUAUCAGAUAUGAACCUGGGUGUUACCGGAAUUGCUUUCAACUUGAUUUUAAUCCGCGUGGCCCAGCGGCGAGUCGACGAAGAAAAAUCAUCCGAUUUUCAUGGCCGUAUUGGGGCCAUAUCUUCCAUCCGCUUCAAUCAGAGUAUCGGUGAAAGUAAAGAAAUUGACACCGUAGAACGCACGCCAACCAUUGAUAUAGAGGCUGGUACCUCUCACGAAAUAAAUCAAUGCGUGGAGACUGUGUAA